AUGGACGCAUACUGCAUAUUCUUGUGUGCAUGCUUGCCAAAUGAGACCUUGUACGAUCUUGCGUCAAUGGCUGUUGCAGAGUCUUCGGAGCUCUCGAAGCAGCCGACACCCCAACUUGCACAAGCUCGGAGUUGCAUCCAGCAAGCUGAACGCAGUAUUUUGCUGGGUGUGCCUUCAAGAAAGGAAGGCUCUCUUUUACCUGAAGAGGGCUGUCUUACAGCAGCUUCUGCAGCAUUCCGUUGGGUCGUCCGGCUUCCAGACAACUGUGGGGCACGCCACAUCGGGCCUUCUGUGGCCACCGCCGCAUCAUACCAAAUCGUGCAGGUCAUGGUGUCUGGAAAGUUGUCCGUGAAAACUACUAAAUCCCCAACGCCACCUCAGCUCACCUGCGGCUUCAUCCGACUCUGCUGCGGAAGUUGUGGACACACGGGCAGGCGUAGUCCGGCAUCUAUGGCUGAGAGCUGGUGA